AUGUUCCUGAGAGUUCCUAAUUUUAUAUCGGGAGAGCGGCCGUGUGUGCUUAUAGACCUCUCGGACCGCCUGACGCCAUACCGCACGGCGUGGGAGUGGCAGCGACAGGUGGUGGCGCUGCGACAUAGAGCUCUCACUGAUAGGACGCAACAGCAGGAGCAGCAACAACAGCGAGAGGAACAAGCAGAACAAGCGGAGCAAGAUGAGCAACGGUUGGAGAGAGACGAUUCGCCCAGAAGAACCCCUUUUGCUGACCCUGCUUCCUCCUCCUCCUCCUCCUCCUCCUCCUCCUCCUCCUCCUCCUCCUCCUCCUCCUCCUCCUCCUCCUCCUCCUCCUCCCUCCCCCCUGACGUCCUCCUUCUAGUGCAGCACCCCCCGGUCUACACCCUCGGCACCCGCAGCGAUCGCGCCAACCUCAGAUUCGAUCCAACGGCUGACACACUGCCAGGUGGCGCGGAUCUGUUCGUCACGGAGAGGGGCGGGGAGGUUACAUACCACGGGCCCGGUCAGCUGGUGAUCUACCCCAUUGUGGACCUGCGCCAGCACCAGUGCGACCUGCACUGGUACCUGCGGUCUCUGGAGGAAGUGAUUAUAAGGGGGUUGGAAGAAGGAUUUGGCAUUCGUGCGGAGAGGGAACCGGGCAUGACUGGCGUGUGGGCAGUAUACGUGUGUGUGAGGGUAUCCCGUUGGAUCACCUUCCAUGGGUCCGCGCUCAAUGUGACCACAGACCUGUUUGCCGUUGCCCCUUCUUCUCACACUCCUUUCCUCCCCCCUCCACUCUUUGAUUCCCCCAUUCCUUCCCCAGCCGGGUCCAAGCUAGCAGCCAUGGGUGUGAGGGUGUCCCGUUGGAUCACAUUCCAUGGCGCAGCGCUGAAUGUGACAACAGACCUCUCUGCCUUCGCCCACAUAGUCCCCGUGAACGUGAUUCCCCUGCAUCUGUGCCUCAACACUGCUGUUACCGCUGUGGAGGGUGACGGUUCUGCUGCUCUGGGUGCCCCUGAUGCUGCUGUAGCAGCUGGGUUAGCUCGCCAGCUGUGGCUGCCUGAAGACUUGUGUAGAGCAGCCCUAGUUGAGACUUCUAUUCUAGAGCAAGAGGUGUGCGAGGCUGGUGCACGUAUGAGGCAUUGA